AUGACAAAUAUCGGUGGCAACGACAAGGCUGCUCCGGAAAAUAGAGAGCGUCCUUAUCCCGUGCUGACAGCCUGGGGCUUCGAGAUGCUUGUGAUGGUCAUGGCUAUCGUCUCGCUGGCAGGCCUCUUCAUCAUCCUCAACGCCGUCAACGGCAAGAUGAUAGCAGCAUGGCCGUGGGAGGGUCUACGAUUAGAGACGGUGAUAUCGUUCAUGGUCACAGUGACGGUUGCCUCCGUGGCCUACGUUAUCAUUCAGAUGCUUGGCCAGGCAGGAUGGUCAUGGCGGCCGCUGUAUGAUCUUGACGUCUUCAACCGCGGUGGCGAUGGCAUUCUUGCGUCUUUGCAGCUGCUAUUGUCCGUUCUCAGGAGCGGGCUUGCCGGUAUCCGCACGGCAGCUGGCGUCAUGGCAGUCUGCGCCGCGCUAAUAACCAUCUCUUCCUUCGCAGCGGGGCCCUUUGCGCAGCAGGCCCUGCGGACAGUCCAGUGCUCCUGGCAGAGCGGUCCAGGCCUCGGCUCCAUUCCCGUGUCCAGCUUUGUGCCGGCCAACGACGACUACUUUGUCAAGUAUGCCAACGACUACCUCGUGUUCGACCUGGACCCGGAGAUGAAGGGGGUCAUGCUCAACGCGCUCGCGAACCCAAACGCCGGCACCGAGUCCGCCGUCCGGGCAGACUGCCCCUCGGGCAACUGCAAGUUCCGAGACUACGGGACGGGGAUCACGCACUCGACCAUCGGCAUGUGCAGCACCUGCAUCGACCUCGGGGCCCACGUCACGGACACCGAGGUCGCGGGCCCGAAGCUGGGCUUGUAUCUCCGCAACUACUCGCUGCCGUGGGACGGCAGCGUAGACGCGUUCGAAAUCGACCGCAUGGAGAACUGGGGCAGCUACAUCGUGCCCCAGAGCACCGAGAAGAACCCUUGGAUGUCGCUGACCAUGCGCGGGUCCUUUGACUACGCCAGGCGCGGCUGGACGCCCGAGUUUUGGGACUCGGCGUCGGACGCGCUCUUCAACGUCACCAUCAUGGCCGCGUCGGAUGCGCCGUGCACCGUGGUCAACGAGAAUGGGGUCAAAUUCUGUCCGUGGCAGAUCAGGAACGACAUGGCACCGGAGAAUAAUUUUACGAGCCUCGUGGCCGUGGGUUGCAGACUCUACCCUUGUCUAAAGAACUAUCGCGCCCAAGUGAAGUCGGGCGUGCUCACAGAGGAGCUGGUCUCUACCGUGCCGGCCCGCACAAACAGUUUAGAAAAAGUCAACGAAAAGGGCCUCCAAGUAAACAUCACAGCCCUGCAGGACCCCUGCUUCCUCGCAGAUCAAGGCAACGAGGGUAAAAAAGUGUUUACAUCUGAAGAAUUCGGCCAGGUCCCCCCGGCGCAGCACAGAACAUUCUCCCGCAUCACGACGGCCCAGUCCACCGUCGUCCAAGCCCCGUCAGACUGCCUCUACCACGCAUCCGGCAUCUACCUCCAAGCGAUGAAGAGCCACCUGAUGGAGCUCUUGGCCGGUCGGUGCCGCUACACAAACUCGGGGGUGUUCCAAAGGCCCCCCUCGGUGACGUGCGGCGAAAAGUGGUGGCUGGAUCCGCUGUACGCGUCGCGCAACGCCUCGGUGGAUAGCAUUUCCGCCGCGAUGCAAGGCCUCGCCGUCGCCGUGACGAACCAGUUCCGGCGGACGGGCAGUGGACCACACAGACCGCGCGCCGAGGGUGAUGAGACGGGGUUGACUGUGCGCGGUGACGUGUGGGACGACACCAUGUGUUUUUCACUGCGGUGGGAGUGGCUGCUCCUUCCCGCGGGGUUGGUUGUGUUUACGCUGGUGCUGCUUUUUGCUGCAGUCUUGAGAUCGUACAUGGAGCCCGAGCAGCCGGUAUGGAAGGCCAGCGUGCUUCCCAUGGUUUUAUAUGGGUUGGCGGGUAGGGGUGAUAGCAGCAGUAAUGAGGGCUAUGCCCGACGAGACUUGAUGGAACUGAAAAAGGUGGAGCAGGUUAGCAAGAAGUUGAAAGUCAGGUUUGACAAGCUGGGAGGGAGUGGGUUUGCCGCCUAGGGAGUAUGGAGUAGGGAGUAGUAGUGCUUGCCUUUGUUGCUUCUUUUAACAGAUUGAAAUACUUGGUAUGGUGA